AUGGCCUACGACGCCCACCAGAACUACCGUCCGCCCCCACGCCAAUACUACGACCAGGGCGGCUACGAUGACGCUCAUUACAACAACGGCUACGGGCAGGCCCAGCAAUACGACGGAUACGGAUACGACGACGGAUAUCAGAACGGCUACUACGAUGAUGGCUAUGGAGGUGGAUACUCCGGAGGAUAUGGCGGCGACUACCAGCAGCAGCAAGGCCCGCCUCCUCGUCAGAACGGUCCUCCGGCCGGCUAUGGGAGACCUCCGCAGAGCUACGGUCAAGGCCCGCCGCCUGGAGGUGCUCCACGCGGCCGUGGCGGAGGCCCUGGUCCGGCCCCUCGAGGUCGUGGAGGAUAUGGUCCUCCAGGACGAGGAGGUUACGGAGGCCCGCCACCGCGUGGUCCCCCGCAAGGUGGACGGCCGCCGCAGGACUACGGUCCCAACGGCGAGCCGAUGGGUCGCGGGAGGCCCCCGCCUCAGAACGCUCCGCCGCGAGCCGCCAGAGCACCGAACAAUCGCCCAGCUUCGCCCCAAACGCUGCCCUUCGACAACCCUUUUCCGGUAUUUUCGAACAUCAAGAGCCCCCCGAGAUCGAAAGGUCGCCCUGUAAGGAACGACGCAGCUAAUGAGACCAUGAAGAAUGGCCCGGGUCCCGGAGCGCCCAAUGGCGACCCUUAUAGGAACGCUCCACGGAAGAUGAGCAAAGCGAGCGACGGACCACGCCCAAGUUUGGAUGGCAGCAGGCCACAUAUGCCAGGAUACGCACGCGGGCACGAUCAGUUCGACCAUCCUCCGCCGCCGCAGCGAUCGCAUACCGCCAAACCCGACAAUUCAAUUGGAGGCUUUCGCAUGCCCUUUGGUUCACCUGAACAACCCCGACCGCUUGCGCGCUCACAGACGAUGCCACAGAACUACCAGGACGAGUAUGGACAGCAGUGGCAAGAGCCCGGUCCAGUCGCAGGUUACUACGGCCCGGAUUCGGAAAGCUAUAUUGCUCGCCCGACCACUUCCGGUGGCGAAAGGCGACCGCCGCCUCCGCAGCAAGCGCAGCCUCCUGCACCUUAUGCCCCUCUUAAGUACCAGCCCGACAAACGUGAUACUGUGGAAGAAGUGGUUGAUCACUAUUAUAACAAUCAGCACGGUCAUGACCCACGCAAACCUUUGAGUCGUGAGGAUGCUAUUGAAGCUGAGAUGCCGGAUUUUGACAGCGCCCCACAGGCACCUACACAUCGACGCGGCCUCUCCUUUGAAGAGCAUCUGACUGGAGUUCCCGGCACUAAUGCUCCCGCAGCCCAUCAGCAGGACUAUCCUCCUGAGCCGCGCGGACGGUCUAACUCAAACUUCAGCCAACCACUGCACAGGAGUAGAUCUCAACCGGAUUUCAACAGAGGCCAGGAACCCAAUUACGCCCCCGAUGAUGCGCCGCCUAUGCCGCAAAUGUCGCGAACUCAGACCUUCAAUGACCAGGGAGGGUACGGUGGCUAUGGCCAGGCACCGCCGCCUCCACGCCCAGGAACAUCGUCAGGAUACGGACGUGGACCGCCUGGACAGGCUUACGGCGCUCCUGCGCCGAAUAUGCCUCGCGGCACCCCUGGUCCUCCAGGCCCUCCAGGUCCUGGAAUGCGUCCGUACGGAGGCCGGCCCGACCACUUGCAACGCAAUGCUACGGACAUGAGCCAGUCAUCUGACCCCGGACCAAAUGGACGCUACAACAAUGGCCCUCCCAAUCAACCACUCCCCGACCAUAGAGCACGCGGUCCACCAUUGCAAACAAACAUGGGCCAACGCGGACCGAACAACAUGAUGAGUCCCGUAGAUCAACGGAACAACGUGAUGAGCCCAGCAGACCAACGGAACAACAUGAUGAGCCCUCAGCGGGGAAAUAAUAUGAUGAGUCCAGUCGAGCAACGUGGCAACAACGUGAUGAGCCCAGCCGACAAUCGCAAUGCUAAUCCAGACGCCCUGCCGCAUCAUCCAUCACCGGUUCGUCCUGGACUUCAGCAACCUGGUGGACAGCAAGCGCCGCAGCAGUCAGGAAAGCCAAUUCCAAUCCGUCAACAUAAUGGUAAUCCCAAUCCGGACGUUCCUGGCGGUCCUUCCACCAGCGGGUCUCAGAGAAAAGCUCGUCGCGGGUCUGACCCAAUCACCAUGGACCAAUUGGCGAGACUUCGGAAUGAUGCCGCCUCUCGUCCGAAUGAUAAAGACCUUCAGUUGCGCUUCGCGAAAAAGCUCGUCGAGGCUGCUGCUGUGCUGGCAGAUGAAGGUGGCCGUGCAGACCCGAAGACUCGUAAUAAGAACCGGGAGCGUUACACCAUGGAGGCACAUAAGAUUGUCAAGAAACUUGCCCAUAACAAACAUCCAGAGGCUAUGUUCUACAUGGCAGACAGCCUGGGAUCCGGUCAGCUUGGCCUUGAGCCCAACGAGAAGGAGGCCUUCUCGAUGUACUUGGAGGCUGCGAAGUUGGGACAUGCUCAAGCAGCGUACCGUACCGCCGUCUGCUGUGAGAUUGGUGCUGAAGAUGGCGGUGGCACGCGUAAAGACCCAGUCAAGGCAGUGCAGUGGUACAAGCGCGCAGCAGCUCUUGGGGACACUGCUGCCAUGUACAAGAUGGGUAUGAUCCUGCUCAAGGGCCUCUUGAACCAACAAAAAUCUCCGGCAGAAGCCAUCACCUGGCUCAAGCGCGCUGCCGACCACGCCAACGAAGAGAACCCACACGCGCUGCAUGAGCUCGCCCUCUUGUACUCGAACAAGGCCGGUUCCCGGGAUGCUGCCGCAGACGUUGUCGCUCGCGACGAGCAAUACGCCUUCAACCUGUUCAAGAAGGCGGCCGAUUUCGGCUACAAGUUCUCGCAGUUCCGUCUUGGAGAGGCGUUCGAGUACGGAUCGCUCGGCUGCCCGGUCGAUACGAAGAAGAGUAUCGCGUGGUACACGCGUGCAGCGGCCCAGGAAGAGCACCAGAGCGAGCUGGCACUGUCCGGCUGGUACCUCACCGGUAGUCCAGGUAUCCUGGAGCAGAGCGACACCGAGGCGUACUUGUGGGCGCGGAAGGCGGCGUGCGCGGAUCCACCGCUCCCGAAGGCAAUGUUUGCCAUGGGGUACUAUACCGAAGUCGGAAUUGGUUGCCCAAGGAGCUUGGAGGAGGCGAAGAGAUGGUAUGGUCGGGCAGCUUCAUACAAUUUCCCCAAGGCGCGUGAACGUCUUGAGGAGCUCAAGCGAGGUGGUGCCAAGGUCCAGAAGGGACGUGAACGCCUGUCUCGUUCCAACAAGGAGCAACACGAAGAAAAUUGCGUGGUGAUGUAA